CACUAGAAAAAUUAUCAGUAAUCUCGUUAACGAUAGGAAUAACAAUGAUGUCACUAAUGAAUUUUGUGUACAAUUGACGGUUUUGACUUUAAAAUUUUGUAACAUAAAAAUGGUAAAUAACGUUUUCCAUUGUCCGAAAAUGAGUGUUCUAGUUUUCCAGGUUUGAGUUGUUUAAUUGUGUGAUGUAAUUAAUUAAAAUUAGUACAACACUAACAACUUUCGAGUACAGUUAAAAUAGAUCAUAGAAUUGAUAUUGGAAACUUUAAUUUAUAUUGUUAUUGUUGGGAUUGUGAGAAUGAUAAAAAUGGCUUAAAGCCUCUGACAUUAUUUGGGCUUUGACAAAGCUUACGGGCAAUGUCACACAAAGCUUUUUAAGGUUAGUUUAGUGCAAGAGGAAGUGAAAAAAUGUUAACAAUUUUUUCCGAUAUAAUUCUCUCUCUUAACGAUUAAAAUGCCAUCACUUCGAAAACGAGUUUCUAGUUAUUUUAGACAACUAAGUUUCAUUAAUGAACCUAAAGAAAGGAAAACAAAUUUCGACGAAAAUUCCAUGGUCAAUAAAUACCUUCAAGGUCACAUAAAGCUCAAAGAUGGUCCACAAAUAUUGUAUGGUAAAAAUCCCACUGACUUGCCCAAUUUUGAUCUGGGCAACUAUAACAAAGGGUCUGAGAGUAUAUUGGGGUGCUAUUCAGGGCCGAACGGUGGUCUGACGACCGUCAAAAGGACCGAAAAGCAUCUUUCAAUGCCCGAUGACGACAUAGACUUCAUUGAUACUCAGGAAGAAACAAAUAUGGGUAACGAGUCUCAAAAAUCGGCAAUUUUGAUAAAUGGGCACACAGUAGUGGACAACACCACUAUGGUAAUAAAGGUUGCAGGGCAGGAAUAUUCUGUUAUUAAUAGAUUGAUAAGGCACAAAAAAAGCCGUAGCUUAGGUAGCCUGUCGGAUUUGAACGUCGAAAUUGAAAAGACAAAGAUUUGCACAGACCAAAACGAAAAAAACAAAAAUAAUAACGAAUUAAACGACAAAAAUUUAAACGGUCGUACCGAUAGCGACGAUAAUUCGUUGAGAAGUAACUGUAAUAAUUGCAAAGUUAGUAAUAAUAAUAACGAUGACGAUCUCAAAAAUGGAAACGAGAGUGUUAAAGGUAAAGAAAAUUCGAAAACUGCAAGCGAAAAAAAUACGUUGAAACCCAACAGUGAUGGUGCCACUGGCAGACAUGGGUACAAUAAUUUGUCGAAGUCGAAAAGCGAUGGCAAUCCAUUCAGACACCGAAAACAGGGCAAAAUAAUUAAAAUAGCACAUAGACCUACCACAGGCCCGGCUGAAAUUAAUUCCGAUACUAGAAACAGUCCAACAAUUACAAUCGAUGAUUCGAAAUUGCCGAACGAAUGGAAUAAAAAGUCGGAUUUUGUUUACGGAUUGUCUGAUUCGUUGUAUGAUAGAAAUCAAGUAACAAAAAGUAAAAACGGAGACCCUAUAGCUGACUGCUUUGGUAUUAUUGCGAGACAGGAUUCUGCAAUACUUGCUGUGGCAGAUGGAGUCAACUGGGGAGAAAAGGCUUGUAUUGCUGCCAAAUCGGCUGUUCACGGUUGUCUUCACUAUCUCAACAAGACUAUUUUUAACGACACAAAGCCCUUUGUAAACCUAACGAUAAAAGAUGAUGAUCAGACAUCCGAAACAGACUCGGACAAAACGAAAACUGCUGAAACGAGUCACAUCUCCAACACAAGGGAGGUGUUUGUAUGUCUUCUUAGGGCCUUCAACUGUGCCCACGAUCUCAUACUAGAAAAUCAGGGCAUGCUUACGACCCUUACGGUAGCCGUGGUUCUGCCCCUUAAACAAAAAAACGUUAAAAAGUCGGAAGCAAGGGAAAUUUCCAAAGGAGAAAAUAGAAAUGAGAGCUUUAAAAGAAAUACCCACAGGACUGGGAGUAAUAUUGUUAAUAACAAUAACAAGGAAGAAGUGGAAAAUUACGUUUGUUGUGUUUGUAAUGUUGGCGACACUUUAGCGUACGUUUACUCUCAAAAAUAUGGAGUUAGGGAAUUGACAAAAGGGUCCCAUGACAUUAAUUGCAACAGGGACAUGCGCGACGCAUUGGGGGCUUUGGGGCCUGUUGACGGUAUAAACCCUGAACUUAGCAAUCUCACUCUCUCCAUAACUACAUUACAAAAAGGCGACCUGAUAUUCGUCGCCAGUGACGGACUGACAGACAACUUUGACCCUAUCGUGUGUAAAUUUGCUGUCAACACCAAAACAUCGGAUGCGUCCAAAACUAAAAAGCACGCGGGUAACGACCCUCGUCCUUCAGACCACAUUUCCACUCAAAAACCCACAGAAAGGAAAGACGUCCAAAGGACUCAUUCAAAAUCUCCUCAAAGAAGUUUGUUGCACAAGAAGAAAGAGGGAUCCGAACAAACGCAAACGCAGGGCCAAUCAGCUCUAAAAAAUCACGAAGACGUCCCUGCAGUUAAGACCAAAGCACCGCAAAAACCUCCGCGCAAAAACCGAGAAAAAUUAUCUCAAGAACGCAUUUCCUCUUCCAGACAGAGCGUUUCGUCCGAAAGGAGUUUGACUUCUUCUGUAAGUGAGAGUCAAAAGAGUUACGACGAAAGCCAGAAAAAAUCCGAAACCAAGGACGAGUUCGAGAACCCUUUAAUAGCCCAGUUUAUGAGAGAGAACUCUUUGGAAGAAAAAAGUACCGUGGGAACCACGAAAACCAUGCCCAUUGUUCAACAACAGCAACCAAAACGAGAUUUUUCUAGUCAUACACCUUCAUCGUCCUCGCAACAUAAAAAGAUCUCCUCUAGUUCGUCUACUGAAACUGGUGGCGUUAGUAUUACUAUUAGUAGUAGUAGUAGAAAAGGAACCCAACAGGGUGUAACAGGUUCUACGGGUCUCCAAAAAUCACAGACAACCAAAGACGUUCGAAGCGCCGCAGCCGGCAAUAAAACCAUCGGCUUUUCGUUCUCAAACAGCCGUCCAAAACCGGAAAAAUCCACCACUGCAAUAGCAGAGAACCCCAAAUAUCGAUUUCUUCGUUCAAAAACGUCAAUCGACAUGAGGCCAACAACGAAACCCAUUUUGAGAAACGACGAAGGCCUCCCGUACGUCUCUCCUGUACAGAGGUACGAACUAACGCUUCUAAUGAUGGAAGAUAUUGUUCGAAGGGGUAUUUCUGGUCACGAUUCGGGAUGUGUUACAGCCCGGAAGUUGUGCGAAAAUCUGAUAAAUUUCACCCUGAGUAUAACCUCCGGUAAAAGGCAUACGCUGGAAGACGUUGAUCUUUAUUAUAAUAAUGUCAAUGGGGUUUUGGUCGAAGUCUCGUCAACCGAGAAAAAGGUAAGGAGGAGGAAGGCUCUCGACAGGGUUCAAAACCUUCCCGGAAAACUAGAUCACGUCAGCAUAGUGGCCUAUAAUGUAGGAGCAAGCGGAAUUUAAAUUUGAAAGAAUAUUAACUAUAAUUUAAACAGUUGGACGAAUUAUUUCGAUUUUUCGAAACGAAAUAUUAUGUUUUUUAUUAGUGUAGUUUCUGUUUGUUGAUAAGGAAUUGUUACUUAAUUUUCAAAUAAUUUUGAAUUUAAUUUUAUUUCGAGUCUGCAUUUUUUGGCUCAAAUUAUACAAAGUAUAAAAUAAUAUUAGAUGAAAAAAUAACGCUAAUAACUAUUUUUAUACGCCUAUCGAACAAGAUACUAUACGAGGCCCUUUUUCUAUGUACGCACCAUCUUUUAUUGGGUUCCUUGCCCUACUAUACAGUUAAAAAAGAUCUUUUUCUAAAUUCUCAUAUUUUUUUCUUAAUAAUUUUACAAAAGUCUUAUACAAAACUUACAACACGUUUUUAUAAACACUUUUUACAGUAGGUACCUAGUUAUUCCUUCCCUUUUGGGCGUCUGUAGUACUAAUAAGUAUUCAUUUAUUUUUAUUAGGUACAUAAUAAGUAAAAACAAAAACCAAAAAAUACGUAUAAGAUUUUUUUUCAGGGUAAAAAGUACUACUAUUUUUAAGAUGGUAUUGCCUAAUUAUUUCCUUUUCAUCGUCUGAUAUUUAGUAUUAAGUAAUACCUAUAAAUAAUAUAUCGCGUAAAUAAUUCCUUGAGUAAAUAUUUGCUGUACUCUUUACACGUAGGGAUAAUUAAUUGCAAAUUAUCAUUUGUUGUCAUCCGCUCUAUAGUGCUGAUACAAUGAUAACUUAUCUGAACGAAUGAAAAAAGGAAAAAUUACUGAUUUAUUAAAAAUAAAAGUCCUAAUUCGGUAAUCGGUGCCAUUAAAUAAAUAAAUAAAUAAAUGUCAACUACAGGAAUUAAGAUAUGGGGCUGUGAAUGGUUGCAAUGAAUGACAAUUGAUUAUAAGCGUAUGUCGCUUUUGUUUUCAGUGCCACAAUAGUAUAGAUUCUACAUGGUUUAAUUUACGAAAUUUUUGAUUCUCGAUCCCUUAAUUAAUUUUUUUUUUUCAGUUAUUAACUGCCCGAAUUAGAGACACGUGUAGAUUUAUUUUUAUUUCUUUCUAGAAGGACUCUUAAGUGCAAUAAUAUUUGCUCUCUUUAUUCUGUUUACUUUUUCAAGUAUCUAAUCAAUCAAAAAUAGGAUGAUAUCGAAAAUUAAUUUUGUUGAUGAGUCUGCAUUAAAUUUUAUUUCGGUUAUAAAA